AUGAUGCGUGAGGUGGGCCGGCGGUGGGGUGAGGGGAGCGAGUGCUACAGUAGUGACCCUGAGGACGAAGAGGAGGAGGAGGAGGGCAUGGUGUUCGGGGAGAACGAUGACACCUGCAGCGAGGAGAUGAUGGACCUCAGUGACCUGCCCACCGCACUGUUCGCAUGCAGCGUACACGAGGCCGUGUUCGAGGAACAGAGGAUCAGAGAGCGAUUUGAGGCGCUGUUCCGCAUCUACGACGAGCAGACGGCGUUCCAGAUGUUCAAGAGCUUCCGGCGGGUGAGGAUCAGCUUCAGCACGGCCGAGGCCGCCGCACGCGCCCGCAUAGAGCUGCACGAGACCGAGUUCAACGGACAACAACUCAAACUCUACUUCGCACAGGUGCAGAACUCGGGUGAGGAGGUGGACAAGUCCUUCCUGGCGCCCCCCGCCCCCGUCAAGCAGUUCCUGAUCUCGCCCCCCGCCUCCCCCCCUGUGGGCUGGACACAGAGCGAGGACGCCACGCCUGUCAUCAACUACGACCUGCUCUGCGCCAUCGCCAAACUCGGGCCAGGUGAUAAAUAUGAGCUGCAUGCAGGAACGGAGUCCACUCCGAGCGUGGUGGUGCACGUGUGCGAGAGCGAGGAAGAGGUGGAGGAAGAGGCCCGUCCCAAGAUGAAGAUCGUCCAGACCCGCCGUCCCGAGGGCCAGUCCGCCCAGGUCUUCAACUAAACAACCCCACAACCCAGCACCCAACCCACAGCGACCCACAACCCCACCGUCAGACGGGGCGAAUCUCCACCCUCUUAUCUCUCUCUCUGCCUCUCUCCGCCACUCGGGGAACGGGCACCCUUCAUUUCAGUUAACAACUAAAAAAACGACACUUUUGAAGAAAAAAAAAAGCAUAACAUACGAACGAACGAAAGAACGAACUGCAGGUAAUGUUUGUGAAGUGCGAACAGACAAACAAGACCGAUGGACAGACGGAUGGAUGGAUGGAUGGAUGUAUGGCUGGAUGGAUGGAUGGAUGGGUGGAGAGAUGGAAAGGCAGUCGGAGAUGGCCUACACCGUCCGAUGAUGCUUCUGCACGAGCUCUCAUCACAGACGCACAGGCCCCUGGGGCCCCUCAUGACCCCCUCUCCCC